UGUGUGAGCAUAUCAAGGACAGCAUCAUGUGAUUUGGAAAGAUUUCAAGUCCGAAACCACACUGAGGUUUGGUUCAGUGUUGUUUUCAGCAGGUGAACAAGUCCUUCGACUGGUUCAGAUUUGUAAAAUGGUCGUUUUGGGCUUCAGACUCCUUCCUUUGUGCUGCAGUCUUCUCCUUUGUCUGCUCCUAGGUUGUGUGUCUGCACAGGGCAUCAUAACCUCAGUGGGAACAGAUGUUACUUUGACAUGCAAAUAUGAUGCUCAGUACUACGGCGAGCUUCCCUCAUGCUGGGGCAGAGGAACCAUCCCCAGCCGUGGCUGUGCCAAUGAGGUGAUCAGGUCAAAUGGGUUAUCGAUGAGCAGCAGACUGUCAGAGCGCUACCUACUCAUGGGUAAUCUCAAGGAGGGCGACGUGUCGCUGACCAUCAGGCGGGUUGAGGAGAGCGACUCUGGGACGUAUGGCUGUCGUGUGGAAAUACCAGGCUUGUUCAAUGAUUACAAACACCAGCUGACCCUGACCGUAGUGGCAGUACGCCCUAAUCCUGUGAGGAUUGAGACAAGAGAGGUGAAGGAAAGAACUGUCACUGUUAGCUGGACGCCUGCGUUUGAUGGUGGCAAGCCCGUCACAUCCUACGAGAUUGAUCUAAAAAACAAACAGUCGUUGUGGGAUAGCGGAAUAAGAACCAAAAUCACAAAUCCUGAACUGACCCAGGUGACUUUGGUGGACUUGCGUCCGGCCAAGACCUACAACCUCCGUAUGUUUGUCGUCAACAGCGUGGGCAUGAGCGAGGCCAGCAAUGUUCUGACAGUCACAACAAAAGAAGCAGCACCAGAGGGUCCACCCCUGGAUAUGCAGCUGGAGGCCCUCACUUCUCACAGCAUCAAAGUGACUUGGAAGCCUCCGAGGGCUGAUCUCAGAAACGGGGUUCUGCGGAGUUACAGCAUCAGCUACAGAGAGUAUGACCCGGCAGGCAGACAGUUUAAAAUGUGGCAGCAGCAGAGUGUGGCAGCCAGACAGGAAGUGGAGACCCUCAUCCUGAACAACCUGAAGCCUUCUACCAACUACGGUGUGCUUGUACAGGCCAGAACAUAUGCAGGAACUGGACCUCCCUCAACUGCACCUCUCUGCUCCACUCUGGAUGAGGUUCGCACAACUUCAACAGUCGCAACUGUGAUAUCUACUUCCACUGCUGCCACAAUGUGGAGAGAAGACACUGCAAGUUUCACUUCACUUGCUCAAACAACUUCAGCAUUGGAGGCUGUUACUGCUGCCACAGUCUGGGCACAAAGUGAAACAAGUAUCACUUCAGUGCCCCCGGAUCCCCCAGUAGUUGAGUUAAAGGAGGUCGCAGACAACACAAUUUCCCUUUUCUGGACUCCUGGCUUUGAGGGUGACAGCCCCAUUACAGGCUAUUACUUGGAGUAUAAAGCAGUGAAUGCCUCAUGGGAUCUCACAAAGACAGUUGUGGACUUCAGCCCCAAUCAGACAGAGGCCACAAUAAUAGAGAUAAAUCCCUCAACUUACAACAUCCGCAUGUUUGCCAAGAACAGGCUGGGCACCAGUAAACCCAGCAAUGUCCUCACCAUCACUACUGGAGAACCAGGUCAUCAGAGGGACAACUGGGUCAUCACCACACCAACUGAUCCUCUAGAAGUUGCUGUUGUUGAGAAGCAUCAUAGUGGUCACCUAGCUGCCAUUGUGGUGCCGGUGGUGCUGGUUGUGUUCAUUGUUGCCACAGUAACCACAUUGCAACUUCGCCGACUAAAACAGAAACGAGGCAGCCUGAGCAUGUGGGUGACCAAUGGAGUAAUACGUUAUAAGGGCCAUGAGUCUCUACAAGAGCUGUAAAACUCAGAGUUACUCUACACUUUAGCCUAUGGAGUAAAAAGUCACAAAUUAGCAGCAGUUUUGGAUUUCAUGAAAUUUGUAAAUGGAGAUCUUUAUGUCACUGAGGGAAGAAUGCAGAUUUUUGGUACAACUUACCCGCUGAUUCAAACUAACCAAAAUAAUCUAUAUUUUUUAAACACGUACUAAAUUAAAUCAGGUAGAAAAGGUUGAAAUAGUGCAACAGUUCAAACCACAAAUACAUGCAUGAUUAUGCUUUUUAUUAAAGCAGUUUUGGGAUUAAAUUUGUGAUUGACUGAUUUCAGAUCAAAUCCCUCCCUUCCUCUCAUUCUUAUAUUUUCCUUUCUUUUUUUUUUUUUUUUUUUUUUUAAAUAAAUUGUUGCUUAACUUAAGGUCCAUUAAAUUUUAAAACUGAGAAUCUGGUGUUUUUAACCAUUUAGUUAUUUCAAUACAUACAUUUUAUCCAACUUUCACUUAUCAUUCAACAAAAAAAUAUCCAGUAUUCGCCUACAAACAUUAGAGGGCACCAGAGUCCCACCACUGAGUUAAUGAUUUCCACCUCUCACUCACCAUCUCACCUCAUCAUGAGCAUAGCCGUCCU